AUGUCCGACAAAUCGACCGAGGAGCUCACGGACCUCCUCUCGCGCGUCACCGAGGCGGCGAAGCGCGAGCGCGCGCUCGGAUCGGCCAUGCUCGAGUACGACGCGCAGUACGCUGAGCUCCAAGACGUCGUGCGGUCGGUCAAAGAGCGCGAGACGCACGCGGUCAUGGUGCCGUGCACAAAGUUUGGAAUGUUCGAGGGCGAGCUCGCGGGCGGCGGCGACGCGGAGCUCUUGGUGGGCAUCGGACAGGAUUACCUCGUCGAGCGCGACGUGGACGGCGCGGUGGAAAUCAUCGAAAGAAGACGGGAUUUGCUCAGGACGAAGGCGGCGGACGCGGAGCGGAACGCGAUGUUGAUGGAGUCGAGGGCGCGCAUGGCGGAGACGUUGGAUCGAAGCGGCGGCGGUUUGGGGACGAUUGGGGAGGACGAACCGCUCGUCGAGGACGGUCGAGCGCGAAUCGCGAAGCGGAAGGACGGUAUCGUGGAGAUAACCGAGGUGUACGAGGCGAACGAUGACGAGAUCGCAUCGAUAUCGACCUUGGCGCCGAGCUCGCAGAACGACCGCGUGGACGCGGGCGCGGCGCGAGGUGACUUGGACGAUUUCAUCGCACGUUUGGAGGCGAUGGAGAUGAAGGACGAUUCCGCCGUCGCGAGCUCUUCAGCGCCGGCCGAUGACGAUGCGGAUAAUGAGUUUGACCCCGAGGAGGACGGGGGCGAACCGCCCACCAUCGAGUGUCCGGAGGAUUUCCCAAAGUACGAGCGAUGGAAAGCCAAGAGAGACGCGAAGGAUAAGGAGUUGAGGGCGGCGGCUGAGCGCUCGCGAGCGCGUGCAGAGACAGAGCGUUCGAGAAAUGAGGCCGAGAUCAGGAGGAAGAACCCACCGCUCAGAGAAACCGUCAUAGAGAGGAAACCUGGAGAGCGCAGCCGCUUCUCGGAGGAACCGAUCGUCGACGUGAACCGGAAACUCUCGCGGUAUCAAAUGAAAAAGUUAGGUUUGCUAGAAUAA